CCGGAAGAGGAAACGUGGGAGGGUGAGGACGGCGGGGAGGGGUCAGCGAAGAUGCCCGCUGCGGUGAUGGCGGGCAAGUCUGUUGCGUUCAGCAAGCUUCUGGAGCAGUGCGAGACGCAGGAGCUGGAGGCUCCUGGUGGGAUAGCAACACCUCAGGUUUAUGGCCAAUUGCUUGCUUUGUAUCUUCUGCACAAUGACAUGAAUACAGCAAGAUAUCUCUGGAAGAGAAUACCCCAAGCCAUCAAAACAGCUAAUCCUGAGCUGGGAGCAAUAUGGUCUGUGGGGCAGCGUGUUUGGCAAAGAGACUUCCCAGGAAUUUACUCAGUAAUUAGUUCACAUCAAUGGUCUGAUACCAUCCAGCCUAUAAUGGAGGAACUAAGAGAUGCUACAAGACGACGUGCCUUCGGUCUUGUUGCUCAAGCAUACACCUCAAUUAGUGCUGAUGACCUUGCAGCCUUUGUAGGGCUUCCGGUGGAAGAUGCUGUUAAAGCUGUAUUAGAACAAGGGUGGCAGGCUGAUCCUUCUACACGAAUGGUUGUACCCAAAAAAACCGAACCUCCUCCAGUACCACAGAUUCCUAAUGAACAACAGUUGGCCAGACUAACUGACUACGUGGCCUUCCUUGAGAACUGACAAACUACCAUCAACAAAUGAGAGAGAAAGCCCAGCCAUGUUGGUUUAUUGCCUUCAGGGUGACGGAGACCAACAGAAAUUUCCAGCAGACUUUAACUUAAUCUUGAAUGUACUUGUAAAUAUCAAUGUCAUUAAAUUAAAGGCCCUCCAGGGACUAUCCAGUGUU